AAGGAUCCGCCUAAAAGUAGUUCAAAACCGCACAAGUGGGCCCUGACAGACAGACAGACGGCCCAAUGAAACGCAAGCAAUAAGCACAUUUUUUUAAUUCGUAAAAAAUGCGCUAAUUAUUUUAUUUCCCCACAAUACGUACAGGGUGUUUCGGAAAAUUCAUACUGCGUUUAUUUCCUUUAGAGACUCAAAGUUGACAAGAAUCCUACGAGACAGUCUGGGAGGAAAGGCGAAGACAAUAUUCAUCGCGACGAUUUCCUUUUCGGUGUCGAGCUUAGACGAAUCGCUGAACACCCUCGACUACGUCUCUAAAGCUCGAACGAUCACAAACAAACCGAUCAUUAAUCGUCGAACAUCCCAAAAGUCGCUAAUGAACGAAUACGCGGACGAAAUCUCUUCGCUUCGAAGAGACCUAGACGCCGCGCAGGGACGCGGCGGCGUCGUGAUCAACCCCGAGAAUUACGAUCAGCUGGUGGCGACGCGCCAGGCGACCGACGAGCAGUUAUCGCAGGCGGUCGCGUCGAUUAACGCGUUCGGCGAGAAACUGAGGCUGCUGGAGGAGGAGAAGGAGAACUUUCGGGUCGAGCAGGACGCGUUGAUCAAAUCGUACGGUGCGACGCAGAGCGAGCUUGCCAAGAUGAAGGUGGAGUACGCGCGGAUCGCGUCCGAGAAACAGGAAAACGAGUACCUCGCAUCGUCCUAUGAGAGGUCUGCGGAAAAUCUGUACAAAAGUGCGAAAAGCCUACACGAGAGGGUCAAAUCGGGUUCGCUCAAUGAGUCGACGUUGCGCGAGAAGAUCGAGUAUCUCUACAAGGUCACCAACGACAAUAACAACACCAGGAAAAUGGUAAGCGUCAAAGUUCGGGCGAUGUGCCAGGACAUAGUGAGGGAGUACGGUGAAUACGCUAAGGGUUCAAUGUCUUUCAAUGAGAAGUUGGCAAAUGUCACCAGGAGUUAUCAUAACCAGCAAUCGGAGCUUGUCAACGACCUUCUGCGCCAAAUUCUAACCGUCCAGGACAACGUGCAGAACGCAGACAACGUACCAUACCAGCAGGCGGGUGCGUCCUUGAAAAAUUGCCAGCAGGCGCAAGGCCGCCGACUGACCGAUCUCAAGCGCAAACUCGACGACUGGCAAAUCUCCAACCUUUCCAACUUUAAGACGAUCAUGGAGAACACACUGAGACCUCACCUGGAAAACAAAGUUGCCAACGUUGAGAGCUUGGGCUUGCGCGUUUCGAAAGCCUUCUCCCAAUUACCCUUCGACUCGACCUCCGCUGACAUCAAAAUCCUUUGCGCCGAAAUUUUCGAGAACAUCGACCAAUUGGGCGGGAGCCUCUCGAGACAAAGAGAGGCCGGUGAGAAGAAGUUAGCUUCGCUCGCGAAAAUUCGCGAUGAAAUGUUCGCGGCGGUAAACGCGAAGUUUGACGCUCUCAAAGGGGAGCUCCGCAAAGAGUCCGACGGCGAUUUACGCGCCUUACAACUGAUCGAAAACCUUCGAAAAACAGUUGAUGGGAAACUACCAAACGUCGUCGCCGAGUUUGAGAAAGGAUGCGACCGCGUUUUGGACACCACGUCGAACGAGGUGACCGAGUUUAUCGAUAAGACCACGCACGAUUCAAGCCAGGUACUCGACUCCUACAAAUCGUCUACGGACGCACUGUGGGGGUCCGAGAAAGAGAAAUUGUCACAAAUUGCCGACGAGGCUACGGAUCAGGAUUUUGUUGCUGCAACCGUUUCGGAUUUGCACAAAGUUCGAAAUUCGCUAAGCGAGAAUGUCGCAACUCUCGCCAAAGAGACAACCGAAUUUUGCCCCGGGAACUCAGAACGGGAGAACAGGGAGGUAUGUACGCUCAUCGACGACAAUUAUCAGGGAUCAUUAGCUUUGCUCAAUCGACUUACGAGCGAAGCGAACGAGAUCAAGAUCUUAGUAUCGGACACUUCGAAGUAUGCGGUCGAGUUGCAACCAAGCGGGCACACUCCCCUGCGUAACCAAUCGGAGCUCUCCUACCAGUUGAAGGAGUUAACUCCGAAGGAAAUGGUGUUGCGCCGAUUUCAUCAAUUGAAACAGGAAAAUGGAGACGCAUCCAAUCAGCAGCCAAAAAAAUUAUUUCACGAGUAAAGGGUAGGGAAUUGUUGUUGGUUAGUUUAAGUGUAAAUAUUCAACUUAUUUGUGAUAUUAAAACGAUUUUCGAUUCUGCAUUUAA